AUGGUAACGUUUAGACUGAUGAGGAUGGAUAGUGGGGAUGAUGAUCAGCUACCGCCUCUGGUGGAGCCACCACCGGUGGCUGUGGGGCAGAGCCAUUCAGCAAACCGGUCAAUCGAGACGCUGGUGGUGGUGCUGGCAGUGAUAACCAUCGUCGCCGUGAUUGCAGGAUUCAUAGCACGGCUAUGUGGAGGAAGGCAUUAUGGAGGGAAUGGAGGAGAUCAUGAAGUUGAAGGAUGUAUUGAGAGUAGAUGCAGAAGCUGUAUUGAUGCCGGCAUUUCAACUGCACCACCGCCGCCGGCAGCAGCAGCAGCAGCACCGCCAAAAGAGGAAUCAAACCCAGCAAAAGAAGAAGCAAAAAAGUGA